GCGCCUUAUCGGUCAAGAUACUGAGGUUGGGGUGUCAUGGAUGUCAUGGAUAGACCGUUUGUCGUAUCGCUCGACUGGACAGGCUAUAUAAGCCUAGGAUCGGACUCGACUGACAACGAGUCUCCAACACCAUGGAGAAGAAACAUUCAAUCGAGGAUCAUCCGGAGGAGACCGCCGCUGGGACUGUCGCGCCCUACCGGCAGACGCAGCGCGGUCUGUCCUCGCGACAUGUGCAGUUGAUGGCCAUCGGAGGGUCCAUCGGCACGGGUCUGUUCGUGGGAAUUGGAUCGUAUCUGCGCGAUGCGGGUCCCCUGUCUGUCUUCCUGGGGUAUCUCUGCUACGGCCUCUUGUUCAUCUGGCCGUGCAAUCUGUGUGUCGGCGAGAUGUGUGCAUAUCUGCCCAUUCGCGGGUCGAUCUUCGAACUGGCCGCGCGAUACAUCGAUCCGGCCUUUGGUUUUGCCAUGGGCUGGGUCUACUUCUACGGCGGCCUCAUGCUGGUCUGCACCGAAUACUCCGCCGUCGCCACCGUCAUGCAGUACUGGAACACCUCCGUCAAUCCCGCCGUCUGGGUCGCCAUGGCCCUCGUCGUCUGCUUCCUGCUGAACGUCGUCGCCGUGAAAUGGUACGGCGAGGCCGAGUUCCUCAUGGCCUCCACCAAGAUCCUCCUGCUCAUCGGCCUCGUCCUGCUCACCUUCAUCACGAUGGUCGGCGGCAACCCCAACCACGACGCCUACGGCUUCCGCAACUGGACCCACGGCGUCAUGCACGAAUACUACACCGACGGCACCACCGGCCGCUUCCUGGGCUUCUUCUCCGUCAUGGUCUACGCCGGCUUCUCCGUCGCAGGCCCCGACCUGCCCGCCCUCGCCGCCGGCGAGAUCCAGAACCCGCGUCUCGCCAUCCCCCGCGUCGUCAAAAUGACCUUCUACCGCAUCGUCGGCUUCUACGUCCUCGGCGUCUUCGCCGUCGCCACCAUCUGCCCAUCCCAGGACCCACGGCUCCUCUCCGCCAUCGACGACGGCGCCUCCGGAUCCGCCGCUUCCCCGUGGGUCAUCGGCAUCACGAACCUCAACAUCACGGGCCUUCCGGACCUCAUCAACCUCCUAAUUUUACUUGCGGGCUGGUCCUGCGGAAACGCCUACCUCUACGCCUCCAGUCGGACACUGUACUCGCUAGCCCGAGACGGCCACGCCCCUGCCUUCUUAACUAAAUGCACUCAAUCUGGCGUCCCCAUCUACUGCGUCUCCAUCGUCUCCCUCCUCAGCUGCAUCACCUUCCUCGUCGCCUCCAACGCCUCCUCCACCGUCUUCUUCUGGUUUGUCGACCUGACCACCUGCGCCUUGAUCGUGACCUACACCAGCAUGGUCGUCGUCUUCUUGGCCUGGUAUCGAGCCCUCAAGGCCCAAGGUGUUAGCAGGGACAGUUUACCCUAUAAAUCCCCGCUCCAACCCUACGCCGCCAUCCUCGCCACCCUCAUCGGCAGCUCCGUGACGCUAUUCAACGGAUUCAAUGUCUUCAGCCCGUUCAGCGUGCAGGGGUUCAUUACGUCGUAUUUCGGACUGGCGUUUUGGGCCGUGAUGUUUGUGUUUUGGAAGGUGUGGAAGCGCACGGAGUGGGUUGAUCCGGCCAGGGCGAAUAUUCAUGGCGGAAAGGAGGAGAUUGAUGAGGAGUGUCGGGUUUGGGAGGAGGGAGGGGUCCAGGAGAGGAGGAGGGAGGAGUUAAGGGCGAUGGGGGUUUGGAGGAGGUGGUGGGAGAGGAUGUGGUGAUUUCUUUUUAUAUUUUCUUUUGGGUUGGGUGAUGGGUUUUUGUUUGGGGAGUGGUUGGGAUUAAUGGUUGAUGGUUGAUGGAUUGAGGAUGGAGAUGGGUUAUGGCUUUUGCUUAUGGUGGUUUCUCGCGGGGAUAUGGCGUUUGUAUACUAUCUUGGAAUCAAUAGGGAUUUGAUUGAUGUUU